GGUGGCUGAGAGAAACGGUAGGGUCGAUCCUGCCUGGAGAGCCCGAGGAGGAAAAGCAUUUCGUUGGAGUUACCGUGACUAUCGCGUAUGAAACAGAAGCAAAGAGGGCUUGUAGAACCUAGACAAAACAAAAGAUGUGUUCCCGCAAUCUAGUGAUUUCGUUGGCAUUGAUUAUCGCACUGGUACCACUGUCGACCGUAGCCUUACCUCACCACAGCAUCGCCAAGCGCAGCUCCUUCUUCGACAUAGAAUGUAAGGGACAGUUCAACAAACAGAUCUUCUACCGGUUGGAUCGGAUAUGCGAAGACUGCUACUCGCUGUUCCGGGAGCCCCAGAUUCUGUCGUUCUGCAAGGAGGGCUGUUUCGGAACGGAUUACUUCCUGGCGUGCGUCGAGGCGCUGUUUCUCGAGGAGGAGAAGGAAAAGUUCAUGAAAUGGCGCGAGAUGCUGGGUAAGAAGUAAGCAGGAGCGCCGUUCACUACUGCAAUGGUUGCACGCCGGUGAAGCGGCAGUGGAUUGAUGUGUGUGGAACUUUUUGCUUCUUGUUUGUGAAAAAACGAAACAUAUAAAAAACCUCACAUAAAAUAUGGCCAUCUCCUGACUCUUCGCUCUCUACGCGGGUUUUUGGUGUCGACGAAGGACGACGUCAACGAACGAAUGCUAAACCUACAACCGAAUAUCAUCCGAAAAGGAACUAAGUUGCAUCCGAUCAGUACCAGAGAGGCACUAUCAAUGCUUUAGGUAUUGCUCUGUAAAGUAGACUCUGCAGGUUUACAUACUUGUAGGCAUAUAUACAUAUAUUUUUAAAUUUGCCAUUAUGUUUUAAGAGGGAAAUUUGAUUAUUUUUUCAUUUAAUUUGAAAAAAUGAAGGAUGAAACAGAAUUCAAUGAUUGAUGGAAACAAAAUGUGUACAUAAUUAUGUUGCCUCAAAACCUACGAGUAAAGUGCUAGUUAAAAGAUUACGGUAAUGCGCGUGCAAAUGAAUGUAUGUAUGGUACAAGAAUGGAAAAGGUAUAUAAAGAGAGAGAAAGUAAGAAAGAGAGAGAAAUAGAGAGAGAGAGAUAGAGAGAGAGACUAGGAUGUGUCGAGUGUUGAAGGAUAAGUAAGAAGAAUGACUAAAAAUGGUAUUUAUUUUAACUUUUAACGCAAGGAAUAAGAAGAAUCUAUAAUUUUAUUUUACACCUACGACAAAGUACAUCGAAAAACGACAAAAUACAUAUAAUAAAGUAAAACCGUUUAAAGUUCGAACAUGGUUAAGUGAGCAGAUUUAACUUAUUUAGUUUUUCAGUGCCCCGCUUUUAAGGAUGCGCAAGCGUAAAACAAUGCUGUGACGAACUACUACUGAACGAAGGUCGAGAUCCGGAAGGACGUGCGUGAAGCUUAAGGGACACAGUCAGCUCAGGCAAUCGGAAGGAAGAAGGACAGCAUAGGGAACGUAGGGGUGAGGUUGGUGCUAAGAGUGGUAAUCUGGAGAAGGGAAGGUCAUGUCAUCCACCCCGAUUGGUCUCCUUUCGAACACCCACGUCUGAAGCCCGUUGGAGGUAAACGAACGAUCGGGAACUGAAUGUUAUAUAGACGAGUUUAAUGUAAUGUUGGCCACAUGUCCGGAAAGGCAGCUUACGCUUCCACGUUUCUUUCUUUGUUUAAUGCUCGAGCGAACCCGUUUUCCUUUACUAGCAAAAGCCAAGCUUCUGUUAAAGCAAAACCAGUAACCUUUACCCGCUAGAAGUGAUCGCAUCCUAUGUAAAAUGUGUAUUUAUAUUUUUUAAUUUCAAACGAAUGGAGGUAAAACUGAAUAAUGAAUGAAAAAGAGAAAUAUAUAUUCUGUUUUGAAAUCUAGUCCAGAAAGCAAGAACACAUAAGCAAACAUAAACACACACACACACACACAUACACCCAACGGUUAGUUAAUUUGUAAUGAUAUGUAACGGAGCGGUAACGGUGGGUGAAGCGAUCGUGCUGAUUAGAUCACCACCGGAAAAGGAUGAGAGUGAAAGUAUAAAAAGAAGAAGAAAAAAAAACGAAAACAAUUAAAAAACUACGUAUGUGACCAUAGUUUCCAGGCUAAGCUCGAUCCACAAGUACCAUGUGCCAAGUAACGGAAUUAAUCAAAGAUUAUGUUAUAACACAUGUUUUCCGCUUCCGGAACCACCAAUAUUUGCAGACGGAUUACGGAGGUCCCUUUACGAGCCCUCGUACUCGCCCUUCAAAACGACACAUUAGUCUGAUUUUCUGGCGAAGUUUAUUUUUCACGUACGAGCAUUGAGCGGAAAAGCACAAAAAGGAAAUCAUUUGCGACAUUCCUUGUUAGACAGUAUUUUUUCUACUCCCCCCCCCCCCCCCCCCCCCUACGCAAACACACAAACAUCAUGUUAAGGCAAUAAAUUUGGUUACGCUAAGCUUUAUAGUUUAUGUUUUAGUUUUUUACGUUCGUUUUUACCGCCUUAAUAAUCUAUUGAGUUGCAAAAUAAAACGCUACCGUCUGUUGCUGAUACGCAAAAUGGCUUAAGCAAUUUAAUCGUUUCAUCACUUAUUAUUUCUUUAAUUUUCAAUUCUACCUUCCCACCCUGUGCCCCUUGUGUCCCAUCCCAUUUAAGUUAUUUUGUAGUGAAGGCAGUGUAUUACACAAAAAUGAAUAAAAAUUGAAAACAACAUGAAAACAACCGACUACAAUGCCGGCAGUUUAUGUGUGAAACCCGUAUCUAAAAGAUACCCCAAACCUAGCAAGCGGUAGGAAAAAAGCAAAGCCACGCCAGAUGAACCAGUUGAAUAGUAGUACACACUUCUAGAGGAGCACAAUUCUUCGUAUGAUUGUACAAGUCCGGAGCAGCAGAUCGCAGCUUGUGGUAAGGGAGUUUAAAGCGAGCGAGCAAACACAGAAAAUAAUGCAAAAAUAAAGCAAAAAAAAAUGGUUUAAUGUUAACACAUUGUAUCGCUCGCGCGUGCAGCUAGCCGUAGCCGUUGUAAAAGAUGGAAAGAAAUUUAAUGUAAAUUUACCGCUAAUAAGCUAAAGCAUCGGGUUGGAGGAAAACUGUUUGAAACGCAAAAACCUAAAAAGUCUCUCAUUUAAACAUGCGCUAACCAGCAAGAAAAAUGAUUGUGUCUAGGGCAAUCCCAUACAUAUUAAAUUACCGCACAAAGGACGAAAUAAUAAAAAAAAUAGAUCGUGACGAUCACGAA